CCACGGGGCGAACAGUGCGCGGACCGCAAGCACGCGACGCGGUUGCUCCCACGCGACGCGACGCGACGCCUUCCACGUCGUGACGUAUUACUUGGACUGGACGUCUAAUAAAAUAAAAACGAACAUAGCUCUAUUCUCGCCAAAGCACUCCAAGUAUUUUAAAUCACAGUGAAAUGAAGACACGGCUAGCACUCGAUUCGUAAUGUCCGUUCGUUGCACGAGUCUGAUAAAAAAAAACUGUCGAUCUCGCCGGUUUAACGAAAGCUAAGCAAAUAAAUAGCAAGAAGAUCUUUGCUUCCAUAGAAAUCAACUAACGAACGGAUUUCGGGCCCGAGACCGACGGUUACGGUCGUUAAAAAAGAACGAUGUGGCAGUGAACACGCUAACGGACACGUGAAAAAAGGUGAAGAUGAUAACGUAAAGAUGACUCGGAAUAUCGUCGUAGAAGGCGGGAGUAUAAAAACGCAGCCAGGCUGGUAAACAAAGCCCAAGACGUUCCCCCGCGAAAGAAAGCAAUCGAGAUACUCCUGUAAUGGAUUGUUGUAAGACGUUCGAGGAAAGUACAAACAUUUUCUAGACGGAUACCGGCGAAAGGAUUCGAAGAAAUGUUGAUCCAAGGAUCGGUGACGGGACUGGUCUCCGUAGAAAAGAGUUGAUGAAAAAGAGACAAACAAUCGCAGGUGUUCGCGGAGUUUGUUGGUUCGCCAGCGAUUAAAAAGUGACGCUUGGAACGAAAUGUUCUGUGAACCGAACUAAAUUGGAAAAUCACGAGGGGGAAACGCUGUCCACGGAGACACUCGAAGCGAUCGUCGACAUCGAUUUCAUUUCAAGCUGCGCUCGAGAAAAAUGCGACUGCCGAGGCAAUAUUACACGAUUUUACGAUGAGGAGCAGCCGGGAGGACGCCUUGGGUCGUCGAAGCAGCGACGGCGACUGAUUAUGACGCGCGUCCGCCCGCGCCGCGAUCUCUCUCGUCUCCUCCUGCCAUUCUCAUCCUUCGAGACCCUCCAUCUACCCCUCAGCCUGAUCCUUCUCCUCCUUGGCAUCCUUUCCGUUCGCAGCGUCCUGACGUGCAGCGAAAAAACGAGGUCUCAGAGUCGUGACCUCGCCACGUUAUCUUACCUCGUCGACACCGCGGAAAGAGGGUAUUCCCGCGAGGAUCCUCGCGCUUCUCGCGAGUGGAUGCGACGAGACUUCGACGCGAACGAGCUUUCCGCCACGUCGAUUCGACCUGUCAGCCGCGAAAAGGACGCAUCAUCCCGGGAAACGGAUCCUGCGAAGUCGUUCGCCGUCCGUGCGGCGAAGAUAUCCGACCAGUCGAGUAGCGAUCGCUCCUAUCCGCUCGAGGACACGCGAUUUCUGGCCACGGCGCCUCGGAAGCUCGACAACUACUAUGGCGAGGUUCGCAGACGUCACGAAAAACGAAAAUAUCAUCACGAGAAAGACGCGAGGACCGAUAUCGACUCUGUUCCGUUCAACGUCGACGUUAAGGGCAAGCAUGUCGAGCUCAAGGCGAAAAGAAACGUCGGAAGGAAACAUAAAUUGGACAGGGAGGUAGCCUCUGGUUCCCCGGGGCCGGAAGAAUCGCUUUUAGACUGCGAAGAAUGCCGUGGCGAGCUUCCUCGAGGCUCGAGAUCCCUCCGAAAGAAUAGAUCCGAUAAAGUGCUGGAUAAUCCCGGAGCGAAAGAAAACAAUGAGACACAGAGUCCAGUCGAAACCCCGGAACCGAAUGGCGGCCUGCCGCGGGCCUCGAACGAGACCAACGAGGAGCCUUUCACGGGGUUCGAAGGCUCUCAGAAGUUCCCUAUAAAAGUCACGUACAAGCCGCCUGUCGCACCUCAAGCGGAGAAGUUUGACAGAAGGCACUUUGGCCCGCCGAAGAUGGAUGUCCCCGAGACCACCUCGCCCACAGACUGGACCACCAUAUCUCCAGAUCUGCCCAAGAGUCCUGGCAGAGACGUUCUCCAUAGGCACCGCAAGGUGGACGAGAACGUCGAGGAAGAAGGACGCCAGGAGACGAUCGACGUCAACGAGAACGCCAACGACACGUCCGAUGAUUUCUGGCUACCUGGCGCAUCCUCCGGUAGACGAUCCUCCAACAUAGCCAGCGGCAAGUCUCCUCCCGAGGAGAAGCGCGUUUCGACGUUCACGUCGACGACUUUUGUUACGUCGACGUCUACUGAUGCGACCGAGGAGGACUUCGAGACAGAAUCGAGCACCGAAGAGGAGGACGAGGAAGGUGUUACAGAGUUAGAGGUGAACCCCAUCGAGAAGGUCAACGUGACAAUUCUGGGCCUGUUCGAGAUGACUCGAGGCGCUGAGCCCAGACCAGAGGGUCCCAGCGAGCUGCAAGCAGCCAGGCUAGCCGUCGAGCGUGUGAACGAGAUGAACAUCCUGUCCAAGUUCAGACUGCGACUCAUUCACAAUGACACCAAGUGCGAUCCAGGGGUGGGUGUUGAUAGAUUCUUCCACGCGCUUUACUCGGCAAAGAAGAAUGAUCUGAUCCCGCUCCUGCUGGGUACCGCCUGCUCCGAGGUCACGGAAACCUUGGCCAAAAUCGUGCCAUACUGGAACGUGAUUCAAGUAUCCUUCGGCUCCAUGGCGCCCGCGCUCUCCGAUUUCACCGAAUUUCCGCUUUUCUUGAGAACUGUUGCGCCUGAUUCCAGUCACAACUCGGCCAGGAUAGCGUUCAUCAAGCAUUUCGGAUGGGACACCGUCACCGCGCUCUCGCAAACCGGCGACAUGUACUCUUUGGCCGUGAACGAUCUGGUCACAGAAUUGGAGCAAGCGAACAUCACGUGCACGGCAACCAUCACGUUCGCGGAGAACGAUUACAAGGAACAGCUGCGGACUUUAAAAGAGUCGGACACGAGAAUCAUCAUUGGGAGUUUUUCACCGGCGCUGGCGUCGCGUGUUUUCUGCGAGGCGUGGAAGCUGGGCAUGUACGGGGCCGACUAUGCAUGGAUCUUACCAGGUGACAUGAUCGACCUGUCGGGAAUGACGGGCAAUUGGUGGCACACGGAACCCAAGGAAUGCACGCGCUCCCAGCUGUCGCAAACUUUGGAUGGCUUGAUCAUCGUCCAGAGUUAUAGCUCCGCCUUGGAGAACGAGAUUAGUUCGUCAGGCCUGACUAGCAGCAAAUUCAAGACGGAAUUGGCGAAACGAGGUGUGACCUAUUCGAAAUACGCCGCGCAAACAUACGACGCUGUCUGGGCGAUGGCUCUGGCCCUCGAGAGGACCGAGAUCAUCCUGAACCAGGAGAACACGAGCGUGGCACACUACACGCACGCCAGGAAGGACAUCGCAACGCAAUUAUUAGAACAGCUCAAGCUCCUGCGUUUCGUUGGAGUUUCGGGGCCGGUGUUAUUCGACGGCGCCGAUCGAGUGGGUAUCACGGCGUUCUACCAAAUGCAUGGCCACGUCGCCAGCAGGAUAGCGAUUUUCAGCCCGGAAGAUGGAAAGCUGAUAAUGAAUUGUCCAAAAUGCGCACCGACAAGAUGGCCCGACGGACAUCCCCCCGCGGCUCGAAGAGUUACUCGGUUAAGGGUGGUGACUGUAGCACCUGCGGCUUUCCUCGCGGUCACUUGCCUCGCCAGCGUGGGUGUCACCCUGGCGCUCGCAUUUCUGGCGUUCAAUCUGCACUUUCGCAAGCACAAGAGUAUAAAACUUUCGAGCCCUAGGCUGAAUAAUAUGGCUGCUGUCGGCUGCGGUCUCGUCUAUGGUGCGGUCAUCCUUCUGGGCCUGGAUCACGCCACGUUACCGGACAGCGACGAUUAUUAUCCUGCUGUGUGCACGGCGAGAGUGUACCUAUUGUCUGCUGGCUUUUCCUUGGCUUUCGGUUCGAUGUUCACCAAGACCUAUCGCGUGCACCGAAUUUUCACCAGAAGCAGGAGCGGCGUCGUCAAGAACAAGCUACUUCAGGACACCCAACUGAUAAGCUUAAUCUGCAUCCUUCUACUAAUAGACGGUCUGGUGGUGACACUGUGGGUGACUUUCGACCCCAUGCAACGUCACCUGCGAAACUUAACCCUGGAGAUUAGCCCCCACGAUAGGGGUGUCGCCUAUCAACCUCAGGUGGAGGUGUGCCGUUCUCAGCACACGAACAGUUGGCUGGGCGCCCUUUACGUGUACAAAGGCCUACUGCUGAUCGUCGGUGUCUACAUGGCAUGGGAAACGAGGCACGUAAAAAUACCAGCGUUGAACGAUUCGCAGUACAUCGGGAUGAGCGUCUAUUUCGUGGUGAUCACGUCAGGCAUCGUGGUGGUGUUGGCUAAUUUGAUGUCGGAUCGAGCGACCCUGGCCUUCGUGACGAUAACAGCUCUCAUCUUGGCAUCGACGACCGCGACGCUCGCGUUGCUUUUUCUCCCGCAACUGGCGAACAUAUUAGCGGGAGAGAGGGCUGAUCCGGUGGUGCAAAGUCUUGGCUUGAAGAUCGAAUGCAAUACAAGGAGAUUCGUGACCGACGAUAGAACCGAGCUCCAGUACCGCGUGGAGGUGCAGAAUCGCGUGUACCGUCGUGAAAUGGCGCAGCUGGAGCUGGAAUUGGCCAGAUUGGAGAAACAAUUGGCACAGGAGCCCGUCGAACCAUCGCACGCCUCGUCGAGCGCAUCGAUUCCGCAACGCAAUCCUAGCAUCGGGGGUGGCCUGCCUUUGUUAUUGCUCAGUGUCCUCCCGCCAGUCAUCCCUAGGGCUAGCUGGCCAUCCGCAGAUCCAUCUGGAAUGCGCCGAGGUACCGUAGCGUUUAGCAGCCAGCCAGACCUGGAGCCGGACGGUCCCAGGAGGAGUCUCGCGGACAUAUACAAGCUCCAUCGACGAAGGGAAACGGAGGGACCGAACCGUUUGGGCGUUUUUCAGCGACUCUUCGGUCUGUUCGGCAGUCGUCCUAACAGCAGAAAAACCUCGACCGCGUCGUUCACGGGAGUAGCGUCAGCACUGCGGGUUCACAUGGGCUACAUCGCUGGUCUGGUGCCGGGCACGAAAGCCGCAUCAACCUGUCAGGUUAACGCUCAAGGCACUCGUCCACCUCAUCCCCGGUGCGGCUCAGGACCAAUAAUUAGUAUUACCAGCGAAGAAGAUCGCAGAUUAAGCCUGGGGCUGCGCCGUAAAGAGUGCAGCGAGCCGAGAGUCAAUUUCAGCCUACCGCCCAAAGCCAGCACCAGCCAAACAUCCUCGAGGGAAAAGAUCCGAGGAUCGCCGCGAUUUCCCCAUCGGAUAGUGCCAGCGAACAGCCUGAAUGCCAUCGCCCCGGGAUCGUCGAUCUCGCAGUCCCAUCGAUGGCACUCGAUGGAGGAUGCAAGAAAAACGAAAGUGGCUCAACUCCCUCGUGGCUCGUCGUGCAGCCCCAGCUGCGACGUGUGGGCCACUCGCGAAGUUGGGAUUCCAUUAAGCGAACUGGGGAAUAGUGUACGCAGGAAAAAAUCACCGGAGUCGUUAGCCUUGCCAACCACCACGGAGUCUGACACUUGUCCCGACGAUCCGAGACUCGAUAACGACUCGAAGGAGGCCUGCGCAGAGGAUGACGUCCAUGGGAGACCGGGUCUCGCUGAAUCGGAGUUGAAAACCACCAGGAGGGCUUCCUCUCCGUCGUCCUCGCCGACCAAUGCCAGGAUAUCCAACUGCGCGAAUGAUGCGUCGUCCUCCGGACGCCAGUCUCGUUCCGAAUCCGUGAUUGAGAUCGCUCAACCGGAUACAAGUACAAACGUUGUUCGGGAUGACUCUGGGCCGUCGAAUUCUCUGGGUCUUACGAAUCCGGAAACGGAUCCUCCGGAAGGGGCGGAUCAUCGUGCAAACGAGUCGCGCGAUGAUUGAUCAACUGCCGUGUAGAGCGAAACUAUAAAUCGUGGAGACGCAUGCGACUUCCUGCCGGCGAGUACAGUGGCUCGCAAUCAAAAUCGGCCACCUGCUGAUUUUGGAAUCAUGAUGUGCGCAAGUACUUGUAGUACAUCGUAAUGUAAAUGUUCUAAAAUCACCGUGCGACUGAUGGACUGCGAGUUACGGGACUCUCUCUUCUCCCACUGCAAUUGUCAACUUCCAAAAAUGUAAUUCCAGUCGAGACGAAACGAUCCACCCUCGACUAACCUGUAAGAAUAGUAAAUGAUACAAAAAAUGAGCAGAGGCAAAUUUCCAAAGAACACGACACCUGAAUGUGUAACCGGUCGAUGCGUUGCAUUUUUCUCCGUGGAAAGAAUCGUGCGCUCCUCUUUGCACGCGACAAUCUUCUGUAAUCGUGUCCACGUCGUGCAGGAUCUAGCUCAAAUUGUCCGCGCGAUGCUUCAGCGCGAAGUCGAAGAACUAAUCGUUGUUUAAAAUCCAAUCGUGUGUGUUCCUUAGUAAUUGUGCCAAAAAGACAAGAAUCCAGGACCCGUAACAGUAUACAGCUGAUCGACUUUAUGGAUUAUGGAGGGACCAAAGUACCAAGUUCUUCUCUUCGUUGCCCUGUAAUUUAUUUUUAAUCGACGAUGAAAGUUCGUAAAUGUUACUCGUUGAUGUGUCUAACCGCGGGUGCAGCUGCUCCAAAACUGCACUGUUCAUUGUUCGCAGCAUCGUUCCAUAUAAUUGUACAAUUACAAACUGCGCCAAGUCGUGGAAAGCGAGCUGAGAGCAGGGCUGGGACUGUUCGAACAGCGAUUUUUCGAUUGGCACGUUUUCAACAACUUAUUACAAACUUAUAAAAUGUAUGAAUUCGCAAACUUUUACAACUUUUUCAUGCAUUUAUUACAAACCUAUAAAACCAAAAAAGAAAGAUUUGAGCUCAAGUCGAUUCGUUGAAAACCAUUUCAUGCAUUGUAUAAGUUUAUAAUAUAUGUACAAAAGUGUUGGAAAAAUUGGGAUUCGCUCAUUUUAUGAGUUUAUAGUAAAUGUAUGAAGAGGUAUGCGACAAAUAUUUACAAGAAAAUAAUUCGGAUACGAGCAGUUCUAGCAAAAGUCCAAGCCCUAGCUGGGAGUACUCUUACAGGUCCAACGUUAAAGUGUUCAGUGCCCUAAAACCCUUCCUUCAGUACCUGCACUCGGUGUAAUAACAAAAAAUAUUUCUUCGUAUUACAAAAACCAUGGGUAAAGAGAAUGUCGAUAACUUCUGUAAAUGUUGGAUGCGAGAUGUACUGAUAUUUUGAUGGCGACGCGCAUUAAAGUACAUAUACGUAUAUAAAUAUGUAGAUAUUUAACGAAAUAAGCGCGCAAACGUUUCCUCGUUUCGUACCUCGAAUAUCUCUCGAUGUGUCAAUCAUUGAACCGCUAAUUACUAAGCAAUAAUGUUUGUCGGUGCAAUUAAAGAUGGUGUAAUAAAGAUAAAUAUAUAUUCUACGCGUUUGUCAUAAAUGAUUAUUGAGAUUAGAAUAUUCAGAAUAUUUUAUUUUUGCCUAUCUUUAGGUACAACGAUGCAUACGUAUUGAUAGAGUACAAAAAAAGUUUAGUUUAAAUCUUUUUAAAACGGAAUAAUUAUUUACAUUUACACUAUCCUGCGA